AACACGGAUAUAGAAGCACGAGAAGGAAGUGACUGGAAAGAGGCAGGAGACAGAACGUCUUCCCUCCACGGAGAAACAGCCAUCCAGCAGGGCGUCUUCCCAUCUGGCAGGCCGCUCUGCUCCCAUGGUGUCUUCCUGACUGAUACUGCAAGACAAAGGGGAGGAAAAAAAAAAAAGAGGCUAGAACUGAAGAGCGUUCCUGCUUAUCUUGCAUGUAAUAUUCUAAAUAAACUGAGUGGAAGGAAUCAAAAGCCAUCAGCAUGGAUUUCGUUAUGAAGCAAGCUUUGGGAGGGGCUACAAAAGACAUGGGAAAGAUGCUUGGGGGAGAUGAAGAAAAAGAUCCCGAUGCUCAAAAGAAAAUGGAAGAGCAGCAAGAAGCACUUCGGCAGCAAGAAGAGGAAAGGAAAGCAAAAUAUGCAAAGAUGGAGGCUGAAAGAGAAACCAUGAGACAAGGUAUUCGGGACAAGUAUGGUAUUAAGAAGAAAGAGGAAAAGGAAGCUGAGGCACAAGCUGCAAUGGAAGCCACAGCUGAAGGCAGUUUGACUCGUCCAAAGAAGGCAAUACCUGCAGGUUGUGGGGGCGAAGAGGAAGAAGAAGAAGAGAGCAUUCUUGACACAGUUAUUAAAUAUCUACCGGGUCCACUUCAAGAUAUGUUCAAGAAGUAAAACACAGUAGACUGUCAGACUGUUUUAACUAUAAUCAGACAAGCAAUGGAUUUCCCAUUGUCUGAUGGGAAAUUUCAGUAUUGCCACAUGCUACCCUCCCUCCCGUCUCUUAACCUUUGCUCACUAGACCCUUUACUUUCUUUUCUCCUUUCCUUUGUCCAUAGUCACAUACAGUAGACACCUCUAAAUGGAUGUCAAGGUUAUGAGCUGCAGUCUACGCAAUUUUAUUAUAAGCCAUAGUACAAUGUAUGUUAAACCUGGUAGUUACACACACAGAUUAAUGAGGGGGGAAUUGUCACCUCAUCAUUUCUUUCUAGUAAUAUUAUUAAUGCAUAGUUAUUCAGUGAAACUCAACAUGUAAUUGCUGCUUUAAUGCAUCCUUCAGAUCAAUUUGGAAAUUAUGGCAGAAUUUUAUGAAAAAUUACAUAAAGUAUGCUGUUAUAAUGAACAAUGUAACGUGACGUGUUUGUUACUUCAUAGUCUUUGAAAAUACGAGAAAAUUCAGAAAAAUGAACCAUGUUAACCUCCUUUAUUCAGGGUUUCAUCUUGAACUGUAGGAGAGCCUCUGGUAUAUACACUACAAUAAAGAUUUAAAUAAAUGAUAAAUAUCCCUUUUCAUUUUGUUAUUAUAUAACGCCAUAUGAAAUAUUGAUUUUAUAUAAGAUUUCAUAGAAAUCUAUAUUCAAUUUAAGCAAAAAUGCUGCCU